AUGUGUCUUGAACAACGACGGCAGAUUAAGUUGGCUUCUGUUGUUGGAAGAAGUCUUGAUUUUGGCGUGUCAUCGUACCAGCAGAUGGCUCCUGUGGGGCAUUUGAGGCCGGGUGUCCUAUCUUCAUACCAAUUUGUGGUUGUACUAAGACAUUCGGAGCUCGGUGUCCUAUCAUUGUACCAACGGAUGGUUGAAGUGAGGCAGUUGGAGCUUGGUGUCCGAUCAUCGUACCUAUGGAUGACUGCAGUAAGGCAUUCGGAGCAGGGUGUCCUGUCAUCGUACCAAGAGACCGCAAUAGUGAGGCAUCCGGAGCUGAGUUGCAUUGAUCUGAAUAGGCAGCGGCAGAGGCCGGUGCCGGAUGCUCUGCUGCUUCCUGCCUUGCCUUGCGCCCUUGCGAGACACCGCCGCAGACCUUGGGCUUUGCUGCCCGAAAAAGUGGUCCUUCGGCAAAUGGUUGAUAAAGGUGUUCGACCCAAUAUCAGGACAUAUAAUAGUCUGAUCCAUGGAUAUUCUACUUCGGGUCAGUGGAAGGCGGCAGUUAGGAUAUUCAAAGAAAUGAUUAGUCUUGGUGUUAUACCAAAUGUUUUCACGAUCAACUCAUUUAUGGAUUCCCUUUGUAAGCACGGAAGGACAAAGGAAGCUCGAGAAAUUUUUGACUCCAUGUCUGCAAAGGGCCUGAAACCUGAUAUCGUCUCCUACUCUACUAUGCUUAACGGGUAUGCAAAAGGAGAAUGCUUCGAUGAUAUGAUUGGUCUCUUCAAUUCGAUGGUACGGAAUGGUAUUGUACCUGACCACCAUAUUUUCAACAUACUGAUCAAGGCAUAUGCUAAACGUGGACUGAUGGAUGAGGCUAUGCACUUGUUCGAAGUAAUGAGGCAACAAGGAGUAAACCCAAAUGUAGUUGACUAUCUAGUGGUAAUGGAUUCACUUUGCAAGAUGGGUAAGAUGGCUGCUGCUAUGGAUAAAUUUAAUCAAAUGAUCAAUCAAGGAGUUUCACCUCAUAUAGGCAUUUACCAAUGUCUGGUUCUGGGUUUUUGCUCUCAUGGCGAUUUUGUGAAAGCCAAGGAAUUGAUCUCUGAAGCAAUUAAUAGAGGUAUGUGUUCUAACAAUGUGUUCUUCUAUCCUGUAAUAAACAACCUGUGCAAAGAAGGAAAUGUAAAGGAGGCACAGGAUAUGUUUGACUUCAUUGUAGGUAUCGGUCAGCGGCCUGAUGUUUCUAUGUACAAUUCACUGAUGGAUGGAUAUUGCCUUGUUGGCAGUGUGGAGGAAGCACUGAGAGUACUUCAUGCUGUGAAGUCUGCUGGCCUCCAACCCAAUGCUAUUACGUAUGGUACACUUCUUAAUGGCUACUGCAAAAUGGGAAGGAUCACCGAUGGAUUGAGUCUUUUAAGGGAAAUGUCACUCAGCGGGGUUAAGCCCACGACUGUUAUGUACAACAUUAUACUUGAUGGACUGUUUUGCUCUGGGAGAACAGUUUCUGCGAAGGAAAAAUUCGAUACGAUGGUUAAAAGUGGCAUACCAGUGAGCGUUGCCACGUACAAAAUAGUUCUUUGUGGACUUUCUAAAAACAAUUGCACUGAUGAAGCAAUAGAGCUGUUCAAGAAAAUGCGUGCAAUGAACGUGAAGAUUGAUAUCAUAACACUCAAUACCAUGAUUUCUGCAAUGUUUAAAACUAGGAGAAUUGAAGAAGCUAAGGAUUUGUUUGCUACUAUAUCAGCAAUCGGGUUGGUGCCUUCUGUUGUGACUUACACUUUAAUGAUUACGAAUUUCAUAAAGGAAGGGUUUUUGGCAGAGGCUGAUGAUAUGUUUUUAGCAAUGGAGAAGGCUAGCUGUUCUCCCAACUCCAGUCUGCUAAAUCAAGUGGUCAGGGCGUUGCUGGAAAAAGGUGCAGUUGUAAAGGCUGCAACUUAUCUCGCUAAACUUGAUGCUAAACAGCUGUCACUUGAAGCUUCAACGAUUUCGUUAAUAGUAUCUCUCUUCUCAGGGGAAGGGAAACUAAGGGAGAACGUACAGUUGCUUCCAGUAAAGUACCAGCCUCCUGAGAGUUUGGCUGACAAAGUGACAAUUGAUACAAGUGUACCGCCAUUGAGUGGAUUAUUUUGUUGGUCUUGUGACCUUCUGGUCAACCUGUAUCUCAACCUGGAAGGGGUAGACAAUGUCUUGUCAGCAAUGGAGAAGACUAGCUGUGCUUUCAACUCUCAGUUGCAAAAAGCAGCUAUGUGGUCAGAGUAUUACUGGAGAAAGCCGGCCAACCUCCUCCCCGUACGCGAGCCCGUGGUGCCGGAGUCGCCGCCGGCCUGUCCGCGCCGCUCCGGGGCGUCCCUCUGCCCGCCGCCGGCUGUAGCUCGCGGGGAGCCGAGCCCGCAGCUCCUCGCCGCCUCGCCGUCCCGUUCUGCGCGACCUCUGGCCGCCGCGUCGUUCCACGAGCCGCCGGUCAGCCUUGCCGGAGUCCGCCGCCGCCAUGCGCCGUCGUCUUGCGCCGCCAGCCGCGCCCGUUCUGCGCAGCCGCCGGGAACUGGCUCCCUAGUCGCCGCUGGGCUCCCAUGCUCGAUCCGCCGCCAGGUCGUGCCUCGGGCACGACGAGGAGGUCGCUCCCAGCGCCGAGACGCCCAGGUGGGCCUUCCGGCACCUGCGCCCCAGCGGCCCAGAUGGGGCCUCACCGCAGCGGCCCACGCCCGAGCCGCCGGCCCCGCUCCACCGACUCCAGCCGGCCGGCCUCGGCCCAGCGCCUCACCAGUUCCGUCGGCCCAAGUAGCCACGCAGGUGAGCCCAGCAAGCCUAUCCCUCGCCCAGGGCGUGAAUUAG